AAAAAAUAUUAAUUCCUUUGCUUAAAAUACUUUCUAUUCAAUCAUUUUGUGAAAGGGCUGUUUCGGACUAUAAAAAUGUUAUCACUCUGGAUAAAAACGGACACUCCACAAUUUCGUAUCAGUCAGUUCAGUUGUCAAUCUGACGUUUGUUUGACUUGACGAAGCAGGACGAACGUUUCAGUUUUUACAUUUUUAUUAAAUUUAAUGUGUAAAAUAAAUCAUAGUAUAUUAAUCAAAUGAAUAAACACUACAACUGUACAACGGCCCGCACCGAUUACUGUUAAAUAUUUUUAUUUAAUAAUACACACUUCUUGAUUUAUUAUUAGAUUGAUUUUGGAUAUCAAACUGUAGAAAUGAGUAACGAGAAUUUAACAGAACUAGCACAUCGGCAGCAUGUGAAGUACUUUAUGCGAUUUCUGAAUAUAUUGCCUUCAUCGCUAUCAUCACACGAUACUACCAGAGUUACCAUCGCUUACUUCUCGGUUUGUGGCUUAGAUGUUCUUGGCUCCAUAUCCUCUAUUGCUUUGGAGUUGAGGGAAAGGAUUAUAGACUGGGUGUACCAGUUACAAGUUCAACCCAGCAAAGAAAAUGGCGACAUGUCAUCAUGUGGAUUCCAGGGGUCCUCAACGAUCAAUAUAGACCUCGGUGCUGCCAACAGCCACUACCGAUGUGGCCACCUUGCAAUGACGUACACUGGUCUGUGCAUACUGUUGACCCUGGGUGAUGAUUUGUCAAGGAUAAAUAGGAGAGCAUUGGUUGAAGGUGUGAAAGCAUUACAGACAGAGGAAGGAAACUUCGCAGCAACGCUCUCGGGCUGCGAGUCGGACAUGCGCUUCGUGUACUGCGCCGCGUGCAUCAGCUACAUCCUCGACGACUGGUCCGGGUUCGACGUCCCCAAGGCAACGGACUACAUCAUCAAGUCCAUUAACUAUGACUUCGGAAUUGCUCAAUGUCCGGAGCUAGAAUCGCACGGCGGGACCACAUUCUGUGCGCUCGCUACCCUGAGUCUCACGAACCAGUUGGACAAACUCUCCAAAGAGCAAGUCGAGGGUUUAAAACGGUGGCUGCUCUUCCGCCAAGUCGACGGCUUCCAAGGCCGACCCAACAAGUCAGUCGACACCUGCUACAGCUUCUGGGUAGGCGCCUCAUUAAAAAUACUAGACGUCCUACACAUGACCAACUAUUCCAGCAAUAGGAAGUACGUCUACGAAACUCAAGACUCCGUGGUCGGUGGCUUCUCCAAAUGGCCUGACACGUGCACCGAUCCUAUGCACACUUAUUUAGGACUGGCUGGACUCAGUCUCAUUGGAGAAAACGGCCUCUUAGAAAUAAUACCCACGCUCAAUAUUACCAAUAGAGCGUUCGACCAUCUCAAAGCCAUACACCAGAAGUGGGCCAGUGAGUCAUAGUAGGUGUAAUCUAUUUUCUAACACAGUUCUGUACCUCAUGAAGCAUUUCCGUUGGUUGUAACUUGGUUCUAGGUUUUGUUUGUUAUAUUAAAAUGUUUAUAUUUUAUGCGCUGUAAUACUACAGUUCCUAAAUACUGUUUAACUUUUGUAUCUAAUAUUUUUUUAUUGCUCAAACACUUAAAGUAUCAAAGACUACUAGACAAACGUUUGUUCAGAAAUAAAUUACGCGGGACCUAAAACAACUUUUAAUUACGUAAAUAAAAUGUACAUGUAAAUAAUGACAACAUUUUAUAGGUCUCAUUAAACGCCAUAACUGUUAGUUUCGACUGUUCUUUCUGACUUUCGAUCGGCUAAAUGAUCUGUUGAUUUAUAACAGCAAUUUUAAGAGCGAUAUCCUGUUUAGUACAGUCUGUCUAGUAGUCAUAGGCCCAGAACAGACGGUGAAACGCAACUGCAACGAAACUGCAACUUUGUGAUGAUUCUGAUGAAUGAAACUAAAACUGAAAGUUUCAAA